AUGCUCGCUUUCAUUCGUUUAUUCAUCCUUACUGCUCCAAUCGCGCUGGCCACCCCUCUUGUGCAUACAGCUCGCGACGAGACACAGGGACAACCAGUUAGCGUCGCGCGCACCGCCGAUCGUACGGUCGAAGCCUCGGCCCUUUUUGGCACGACAUCCGACAGCCCCAACUUUACCGAGAUCCCGACCGGUUUGUGCAUCGUGCCCAAGUACGCCGAUGAGGCUGGGAUAGGCGAGGAGAAGACUCCUUUGAUCGCCCAGCAGGCUUUGGAUAUGUGUCCACGGGCCCAGCGUAUUGCGGUAAUGUCUGUGACAACUAGAGUUCCGGCUCAGACAGCUGCGGGAGGGUCUUCAAAGAGUCCAUAG